AUGCAAGGAAGCGAACCUUGCUGCUGCAGCAGCAGCUGCAGCAGCAGCAGCAGCAGCAGCAGCAGCGCAGAUAUCUCAGUGCUGCUGCAGCAGCAAACAGCAGUUCCUGCUGCUGCUGCUGCAGCAGAAGUUGAAACGGCUUUGGGGGCCCUCCGCCUCGCAAUACAAAACGCUGCAUGCAAGGUGCAUACAGCAGCAGCAGCAGCAGCAGGAGAAGCAGCAAUAGAAGCAGGGGAGGAAGCAGCAGCAGCACGCUUCCUGCUGCAGCCGGAGCAGCUGCAGAUACACCACAACACCACCACAGGCAGCAGCAGAUCUAUUGCUGCUGUUUAUGCUGCAUGCAGCAGCAGCACCUUCAACAUAGCCGCAGCAGCAACAGCAGCAACAGCAGCAGCAAAGCAACCUCAGCAGCAGCAGCAGCAGCAGCAGCAGACUGAGGGCUCCCCCCUAUCCAGGGGUCCCCAGCAUAACCUGCAAGCGAACACACCUGCUGCUGCUGCUGCUGCUCCUGCUGCUCCUGCUGCUGCUGCUGCUGCUGGGCUUCACUCUGCUGGGGCUAAGGCAGCAACUGCAACAGCAACACGCUGGCCGCGUGUCGGUGGUGAGAAAGACAGCAGCAACAACAACAGCAACAGCAGCAGCAGCAGCAGCAGCGGCAGCAGCAGCUGCAGCAGCAGCAGCAGCAGCAGCAGCAGCAGCAGCAGAGAGAGAAAAGAAAGAGGAGGCGAGAGAAGCUGCUGCCUGGACGUGGGUAUGGCUACACCCAGCCGUGCUGCAGCGCAUGCAUUUCUUUCUGCUGUUGGUGUUGAUGUGGGGCUGCAUGCGCAGCAGCAGCAAGCAGCAGCAAACACAGCAGCGCGAACAGCAGCAGCAGCAGCAACAAACAUACAAACCCACCAAUCACCUGCUGCUGCAGCAGCAGAUCCAGCAGCAGCAGCAGAUGCAGAUGUAGCUACAACUACAGCAAGUACUGCUGCUGCUGCUGCUGCUGCUGCUGCUGGGGAUACACCCGAACGCCGAAAGCAAAAACAGAGAGAAGACGCAGCUGCAUCAACAGCAACAGCAGCAGCAGCAGCAGCAACAGCAGCAGCAGCAGCAGCAGCAGCAGCAGCAGCAGGGGAGUCAGAAGGAGAGGGGAGGUCUGAUGAUGAAGUUGUUAUCCUUGAGGAGGCAGCAGCGCCUCCGCUGCCUCGAGCAAGCAAGCAGACAGCAGCAGCAGCAGCAGCAGCAGCAGCAGCAGCAGCAGCAGCACCAACAGCAGCAGCAACAGCAACAGCAGCAGCAGCAGCUGCUGCUGCUGCUGCUGCUGCUGCUGUAGCUCAGGCAGCUGUCGAGGGAUCCGCAGGGAAAGAACGAAGGCCCCCGCUGCAGCUACAACAACCCCACCACUCGCUGCUGGGGGGUGGGUGGGGCCAGCAGCAGCAGCAGCAGCAGCAACUGCAGCAGCAGCAGCAGCAGCAGCAGCAGCAGCAAACUAGCAAGGAUACGUCAUCAGAAGCACGAGCCAGACAGCGUAUCCAUGAGUUGCUGCAGUCGGACUCUGACCUCUCUGACGACGAUACACCCUCCUGCCUCCAACGCCCCCGCUAA